CUUCCUAGCUUUACGGCAACAACUAUGGCGGCUUCCAGUGGCCGAUUUGAAAGUGCGAAGAGUAUCGAAGAGCGUAAGGAACUGUGUCGAAUUGCCAGGGCUGAGGUGUUGCGUCAGGCCAAAGCCAAUUUUGAAAAAGAAGAAAGGCGGAAAGAACUUAAACGACUUCGAGGUGAAGAUACAUGGAUGCUCCCUGAUGUCAGUGAGCGAAUUGAGGAGUUCUCGAAGGAACAUUCUGUAAAGAAAAAGAAGAAAAAAGAUAAGCAUUCAAAAAAAGAAAAGAAAGAGAAGAAAAAAAAGAGCAAGAAACAGAAAUAUGAAAAAAGUGAAUCAGGUGAUAGUUCAUCAAGCUCUGAGGAUGAGUGGGUUGAGGCUGUUCCAUCUCAGACUCCUGGCAAGGAAAAGGCCUGGAAAGUGAAAGACGAACAGUUAGAAAAACAAGAUGACAGCCAGGUUAUUCAGAGAGAUGAAUGGAUGACUGUUGAUUUUAAUUCUGUUAAAACUGUGUCGUCGUCAUCACUUAAAACUGAAAAGGAAAUGACAAGGAAAAUAGAGCGAGAGAAAAGCCAAGCACUUGAACAGUCUAAACUGCUUGAAAGAGAAUUGAAUCCUUACUGGAAGGAUGGUGGGACAGGUCUUCCAUCAGAAGACUGUGGUGUAUCAUCACUUACUAAAGCCUCAGGAGUAGAGGAUGGUGGAUUAAGCUGGUUAAGAAAAUCUUGCCAAAGAAUGAGAGAACAAGCUGAAAAACAAAAUAGAAAAUUUGAGGACAUUGUAGCUGAACGAUAUGGGUCAAUGGAAAUAUUUCAACUGAAAUUAGAAGAAGCUGAAAAAACUGCAUCCAGAAAUGAAGAUUCUAGACAAGAAUUGUGGAGGAAACCAACAUAUUCAGAUAAAGUACAAAGGAGUCAAGAAACUAGGAAAUUAGACUUGGUAAAAUAUAGUAAAAAUUCAAGAGAUAGGUAUGAUACAACAGAGAUUACAAACAGUAGCAAUAAGGAUAAAUUUAGUGAUAAUGAAAAAGGUAAGAGAUAUAGGUCUUUAGAAUCACACAGAAAAGAAUUCAGUCUAAGGCAAAAUCAGGAGUUCACUUCUCCAGGAAAUUUGAGACCUAAAUUCUUAAAACCCUCCGAUGAUGAGGAAGUAUCAUCUCAUAGCAAGGAUAGAAAUUUUGAACCAUCUGAUUUAUCAACGUUAGUAGCUCAGGGUUCUUCACAGUGUGGUUUCCGAAAACCUAUGGAAAAUAGUGAAGAAAAAUUAACACAUUGGAGUCAGUCUGAUGGUGGAGGAGACAAGAAGCAUUCAAGUAAAAAACCAUUGGAAACGAGUCGCAGCGUGGAUUACCAACACGUUUCAGGAGAUACGGAAGAAAAAUUGCCAGUUAAGAGUGUGAAAAAACAUGGUCAGGACACAGAAUCUACAGUUCCUGGUGUAGAGAAUGAGUCCAUCCGUGUCCUGAGUGUUGAUGAGAAGAAUAAGUUGGGAGCCAAGAUUAUUAAGGCAGAGAUGAUGGGGAAUAUGGAACUGGCUGAACAGCUUAAAGCCCAACUUGAAAAGGCUAAUAAAAUAAAAGAUACUGUAACACAAAUAUCAUCAAAAACAACAGGAGCAGAGGAGACUGCGGACCAGGAAGAAGUGAUCCUUGUUAGAACAGAUGCGUCUGGAAGAGUGUGGCCCGUGACCACACCAGAACCUCUGGAAUCAAAAGCAGGAAGUAGGAAGAGACACAGGGUUUCUACCCAUGAGGAAAAACAAAGAGUCAGAUACUUUCAUGAUGAUGAUCAUCUAAGCCUAAAUGAUUUAGUCAAAAAUGAAAAGAUGGGAACAGCAGAAAGUCAAAACAAACUUUUUAUGAGAAUGGCAUCUAAGUUUAUGGGAAAAGCAGAUGGAGACUAUUACACGCUGGAUGACAUGUUUGUCUCCAAAGCAGCUGAGGGAGAAUGUUUUGGUGAGGAGGAACAGAACCUGAGGAAGAAGGCUGUUGCUGAGCACCAGCGCCUGGCUGCACAAAUGGAAAAGUGUCUGUAUUGUUUUGACAGCUCUCAGUUUCCCAAGCACCUUAUUGUGGCAAUAGGUGUUAAGGUUUAUUUGUGUUUACCUAACUUCCGAUCUCUUACUGAGGGACACUGCCUGAUAGUCCCUUUGCAACAUCAUCGAGCUGCUACCUUACUGGAUGAAGACAUAUGGGAAGAAAUUCAGAUGUUUCGGAAAUCAUUAGUAAAGAUGUUUGAAGAUAAAGGAUUGGACUGUGUCUUUUUAGAAACUAAUAUGAGCAUGAAGAAACAUUAUCACAUGGUUUAUGAGUGUAUUCCUCUUCCAAAGGAAGUGGGUGACAUGGCUCCUGUCUAUUUUAAGAAAGCCAUAAUGGAAUCUGAUGAAGAGUGGUCCAUGAACAAAAAACUGAUUGAUCUUUCUUCAAAAGAUAUCAGAAAGUCUGUUCCCAGAGGCUUACCUUACUUCUCGGUGGACUUUGGUCUCCAAGGAGGAUUUGCCCAUGUCAUUGAAGAUCAGCACAAAUUCCCUCAUUACUUUGGAAAGGAAAUCAUUGGUGGGAUGUUGGAUCUAGAGCCAAGACUUUGGCGGAAGGGCAUCCAAGAAAACUUUGAGGAUCAGAGGAAGAAAGCACUGCAGUUUGCUCAGUGGUGGAAACCAUACGACUUCACCAAAAUGACCAUCCAUAGACUCAGGGAUAGAAGAGUGCAAAAUGUCAGACUGCGCAUUGGAAAUCCGAAGGAUCCAGUUGAAAGCCUGGAGCUCCCUGUACUGUUCUGUGCAAGCCCAUAUCAGGAGGCUGAUGGUUCUGUCCUGGAGGCUGGAGUCUGUGGUGGAAGCCUGGAGACACUGUCCAAGGUCAAAGCAAAGACUGGAGGCCCUCAGAAGAAACACCGAGGUGAAGAAACAAACACUCAGGAAAAAAAUCAAGAAAUUAAAUAAUCUACUUCAAAUCACUCAAUUCACAAUUGAUAGACCAAGAAUCUGAGUCAAAAUUGUGUUCCAGGGGCAGACACUGCAACAGGGAGGAGGUAAGAGAUACCACCUUCCAUGUUUAACUCCUGCUUGCUGUUUUUGUUAGCUGUGACCUCCCUGACUCAGUGAAGAUUACCUUGAGGCUUUUAUAGGUAAAUGACUGUAACUUGAGGACAUACUCAAGUGAAACAAGUCAGACCCACAUGUGUAAACAUCAUAUUGUCUCCCUGUUGUGAGCAACUGAAAGAGUAAAUAAGAUCCAAAAUACACCAUAGAUAUUGGGAAAUGGCAAAAAUCAUUCAAAAGGAAAAAGGAGCUAGGAUUAGGAAAAAGAGAAAGGAAGUAAAGGAACAUAAACAUAAGAUAAUUAUAUUACUAGUUUUUCUUAGUUUAGUGAAAAGAAGUUUGUGCUAAUACCAUUUGGAGAAUUUUUUUUUAAUGUCCUAUCUUGUACUCUGAGUAGCUCCUUUGAAGAUAAUAAUACACAAUGUAUUAUAACUUUUUAUUCAGUUAUUCUGCUAUGAAAUUUUGUUUUAGUAGUCCAUAAAAUUUUUUUAAAAAAUUAAAUCUUCCUUAAAAGUGAGGUUACCAAAUCUUAUCCCAUACUACCCAAAGUACUGUCACAUUGUUUUGAUUUUUUUAACAAUGUUUCUUCUGCCAAACUUUGAGAUCUUUGAAGAGAGUCCAUGUACUAUUGUUUUUUCCCAGGCAAUUAUGGCAUUUCUAAAUUAUCAAGAGUUCUCAAUCAAUAUUGGGUGAAUAUGCAAUCAGCUAGGCAUGUUAGGUACACCAGUUCCACAAAUUGCAAAGCUCCACUGAAUCAUGAGUAGGAGUCAAAUAAACACACCCAGGAGAUAGACUAGUUUCUUCCAGUGAUGUGAUUAUAUGGACAAAGUAUCUACCUCAGGAAGAGGCUGAGUGAGUUGUCCAUAUGCAAGUCAUAGGCCUGGUUAUAUGCAGAAUUAAUUAGAUGUUAUUGUUAAUUUCUAUAAUGUAUUGUCUAAAGAACCACAUAUAAAAUUAUGAUCAUAUAGUGCUAAUAAGGGCAAUAGAAAUUUUUGUUCUGGGUUAAAUGUUAUGCUUGAUUUUUUUAGAAUUCAGAAAAAAAUAGGAUGGUUUUGAAAAUUGAUAAUUAUUAAUAAAAGAAAUUAUAUUUUUAUUGUUUUGUAUUACUUUUUAAUUCACUGAAUUAUAUAAAAUAAUUUUGUAGUUUUAUGAUAACAAUGUAUUGAGUUAGCAUUUUUUACUAAUUAUUUUAAUAAUUUAUCUUGCUUUUAUUUCAGUACAUCACUUAUUUAGCUUCCACAGUAACUUUUUGAGGCAGACCAUACUAUUAUCACUGUUACAUAGAUCUGACUCUAGAGUUUGAGAAAUAAAUAAUAGAAUUAAGUUUACUCAUUUUAAUUGUUUAACUGAGGAAGUAAUAACGCCAUGUUUUAGAAUUUUACUUAAAAAUUGGAUAAAUGCCUCAUUUGAGUCCAAAACCAGCAUAGUAACAUUCUUUACUGAGAGCCUUAUUCAGUUUUGCUUUUGAGAUCUAAGCCAUGUGGCCUUGUUACUAAGUACAGAAGUGUGAGAAGAAGAAAAGUGUUCCUUGGAGGAAAUGUCUUUAAAUUGUUCUUUGCAGCAUAAAACAAGGACAUGUUUGUUUCUUAAAAGAGAUCUGAUUGUCAACUUUUUAAAAAGUCCGUAAGUGUCUACUUCCUUGUUGCUUGUCCUAUCUCAGUCAGUUGAGGGCAAAGAAUUUUGUGCAAAGGGGCUGGUUUUUAUGUGGACCAUAGCAUUUAUUAUUUACCAAAGGUUGCUGUGCAUCACUAAGAACCAAAACUUCAACUCUAUGAAUAUGUCUCAUUUAUAAAUCAUUUAUAUACUCCUAAUUUCUGUUUCCUUAUUUAAACUUAAAGACAAAGCAGGUAGGAAAUUUGUGUGUAGUGAUGGUAAGUAGCAGAAAGUUAAAUAAAAAAAGAAAAUAUGACAGCACAUGGAUUUUAUUACAAGCAAUUAUUGAAAAUUCUGAGGUAACACAGUAUAGUGUGAUAUUGUUGUCUCCAGAUUUUCCUUUUAAAAUUGUAAUAUAACAACUUUAGAAGUGAGUGAUAAGAGUGUACCACUGGGUAGCAUUUGAGGAGAGUCUCUGGAAUUUGAUUAAACUGAGAAACACUUCCCUGGUCUAUGUAUGUUGACUCUUUCACACAAGAAGUUUCACCAAUUUUCUGUCUUUCUCUAGCUCAGAAAGAAAUAGGAUAUUCUAAUGAAGCCAUUCACCUUAUACUACACAGAAAAUAUUUGCUGAUGCAUUAAAGGUCUCAUACUAUUAUUCCAGAAUUGCAUUUUCUGCUAUAACCCAAACAAAUCAUUUCUUUCUGUAUUGAUGUUAUACAGCAAUUUCUAAUACAUAACAUUGGAAGGAAGAUGGACAUUAAUUUCUUACAUCCUGGGAUGUGCAUUUAAUUAUUUACAUAGAAAGAGAAACAGAAAAGGAGAGUAUUUUAACAAACUUCAGCAGAACCACAAAGCAUAAAUGCUUGCUACACACCAUGAAUUGGAUUAGGGACACAUUUAUUAUUACAUUUCUAAGUUUAGAUUUGAGAUAAGCCAGUGAAUGUCCCAGAUGUCAAGUGUCCAUGUCCUUAAGUAAUGGUUAAGGGCUUCCAGUUUUUAAUGUCUGUUCAUAACACUAGACCUGAACAGAUCUCAACUCAGUUAAGUAUGAAUAUUAACGAAGAAAGGCAAAAUAAGUGGGUCUGUAAAACAGUCUUUAACACCAAAAAGUGAUUUUAUCCUGAAAGCACAAAGGCAAAGUUCAUCUCUAAAAGUCAUAUGUCACAAUAAAUAGCAGUUAAGAAAUCCAUUAGUCCCAUAUAAAUUAAGCUCAAAAAAUGAAAAGAAUCAUGAUUAUUGCUAUAGAUGUAGAAGUGUCAUUUAAGGAAAAAAAGGUGUUAAUUUCUUUGAUAUGGUAAAGUGUAUAUCAUAGCCCCAAAGUUUUUUAUAAUGAAGGGAAUAGUAGUGGUUUUCCUGAUAAAAUAACAAUCAAGACCAUAAUAUUUAUUCUGUUUACUACUUUUUAAUAUUGCUUUGGAAUUUUUAGCCAAUGUAAACAGGCAAGAAAAGACCAGAAAUACAGGAAUAGGAAAAAUGAGAUAAAAUGCAUCUCUUUACUUGCAAAAAUAUGAUUAUGUGAUUGGAUCACUAAAAAGAAAGUAAAAAUCAUGGGCAGUAGAAAAAUUUUUAAAUACAAUUUUAAAUAGAAUUAAAUAAAAAAUUUAAAUUUCUGAUUUUUUGUUAAAAAACAUAACAUAUGUAAACACAGAAUAAUUAAGAAGAAAUAAUGGAAGAGAAUAUAUCAAAGAAUACAAAAAAAGUAUAAAUAGCACAAAAUGGCCAAAAUCUAUUUGAGAGGUCUCUGAUCUAUAAAAACUGAAAAAUCACAAAAGAAGACAAAUAAAUUAAUUGUAUACUAUUUUCUUGUACCAAUAGACACAAUGUCAUAAAGAUUACAAGUCUUCCUAAAAGUACGUAUUAACUCAUUGAAACAAUAAAGAAUGACAGAGUUUGAAGAUGUUAGCAAGAUGUUCUAAUUACAAAUUUUGCACCAAGCAUGCUGAGAAUAUGUCUGAGUCCCAGUGACACUGUGCCUCCUGGCAAGCAAGAGGCCCUGAGUUUGAUCCUCAUCACCAAAAUACAAAAACAAAAAUAACACAAAAUGAAAAAGGAAUGUCUAGAAAAAAAAAAAAACAAACAAACAGAAUGGUCUGGAGAAAAGAAAAAUUCGUGAACAUAGACAUACUAAAUAUUAAUACUUCAUAAGUGAAAUGAUAUGGCAUAGAAAUAGAACAAAAACAUAAAUAUUAUGUACUUAAUUUCAUAUAGAAAAUCAUAUGGCAAAGGUGGUGCUUUAGAUCAAUGGGAAAAGUAAACGUUAAAAUUAGCAAAAUUCUUAAAGCUGACCUAUCACAGGCAGUAAAUGAGAUCUAUUCUUCAAAUUAUGACCAUGAUAAAUUCCUCACAAACCAUGGAGGAAUUCAAUUACAUUUUAAAUGCAAUUACAUUUUAAUUACAUUAUAUUUUAUAUGUAAAAUGUGAAACCACAGCAUACUAAUGGAAAUCUAAAUCUUCUUUUAGCCAGAUGCAAUAGUUUGAGUCUGGACUGCCCUUAAGGGUCCAUGUGUUAAAAGCUUCAUCUCCAGUCCAUGACAGUAUUGCAAUUGAUACAAACUCUAAAAGAUCAGGUCUAGCAGGCAGUCUGUGGAUCACUGGGAGCAUGCUCUGAAAGUGGAUUGUGGGAUGCAAGUCUUUUCCCUAUUUAGCAUGUUGACCACAAGGUAAGUGGUUUCAUUCUGCCCUGUGCUUCAGCCAUUAUAUGCUAUGUCACCACAGGAUCUGAGCAAGGAGGCCAUUCAGUUAUAGAUUGAAAACUCCAAAGAUGUGAGCCAAAGUGCAAUUUUUCUUUUUAUGUGUUGAUUUACUUCAAGUGUUUGUUGUAGUGAUAGAAUGCUGAUUAACAUACUGGGAGUGAGGAAAAAAUUCCCAAAUAGAGACUUAAAACUCAGAUGCAGUAUGUGAAAAAUUAGUAAAUUUGAAAACAAAAAAUAAUUUUAAAACAUUUCACAUGGUAAAAAAAAAAAAAACACCAUGAGCAAUGAAUUUAAAAUCUCCACAAACUAGACAAUACUUAUUUGUAGCUUUCAUAUCCAUAAUUUAAAUAAAGUCAAAAUGGCAGAUAGACACACUAAUGCAGUGAAGGCCUCAGCAGAUUGACUGACCCAGAGGGGAGGAGCCAGCAUAUGCUGCCCCUGUUUGCAACUCAAUAACACACUGGAGUGGGCAGGAUCACCUAGCCAGCAUGCUUCAGAAGAACUGUAACCAACAAAGAAAGGGACUGGGACCUCCUCUAUAUGCCUGUAUGGAAAAACAAAAAAUAUGAGAAGAGGAGGCAACAAGAAAAGGAACCCAGCCCCCAACCCUGAGAACACUGAUCUAGGAGAGGUCAAUACAAAAGGGAUUGAGGAUAGUGAACAUGCAAUAUCUGACACAGCAUCAGUGGACAUAAAGAGGGGACCUCAUAGAUGAGUUCAAAAGUGAAAUAUUUAACCAAAUAAAGAUAUAAGUAGAUUAAUGAAAGAAAUGCUAAGCACCUCUCAAGAAGACACAGAUGAAAGAAUGGAAGAGCACAAAAAAAGGAGAGAAACGUUUGAUGAAGAAUAUAAAGAAAACAUAGAGGCAGAGAUUGCUGGCUACAGUCUCAAACAUAGAUGGCCUUGAUACACUAAAAAAAAAGAAAAAGAAAAAAGUAGAAACACAGGCAGAAUAGACCAGGAGGUAGGGACCACCAAGAUGCUCUGUACAGGAAAUAUAAUUAACCUGAAAAAAUGUUUAUGGUCUGAAAAUCAAAUAUGAGAAAACAAUGCUCUAUGUGACAGGGAACCAGAGAAUAAUAGGGGAAACUAGAUCAGUAUUUGUGGGUAGAUUGGAAAGACAGGCUUUGAUAGGUAAAGGAAUAUAACUAGAGAUCAACUCCAGGAGGGAGAAGAUUCAGAACCACUUAUGUAAAUAGCAAGUUGCCCCCAUAAUCUAAAAACUGAGGGUGUUGGUGAGACCCAAAAAUGCACAGUGCACCCUGGGGAAGUGAAAGGGGAGGAACAGUCUUAAAAAGGAAAGCAGAAGACAUUGUUAAUAGUGUAUCAGCACUUAAAACCCAUAUUAUUUGCAUCUUCUUAGAUAGAUUUUAUUCUGUCCCAGUUUGUUUACUUGCACUAGAUCUGAGGGCACAGAUAGCUAUCCUCAAAAUAACAAGAUAUAGUACAGUAAUCAUCUUUAAUUUCCUAUUAACAAUAUGGAGCCAUAUAUAAUUUAUACUGUUUUAUCAUGACUAACCUUAGUUAAAUCUUGUUUCUUUGCUGUUUGGUUUCAACAGAUUUUAUUCAAAAUUGUUAUUGAUUGUAUCAAGUCUGAAAGUAAGGCAACUACAUUGAAGAUGACAAGAUUCACUAUGAUAUCCAUUCUGUUUUGAUUACUACCUGUUUUUGAAGUUUUACACUAUCUAUAAAGUUGUGUUUUUAUUAAUACUGUUAUGUACUGCUAUAUUCUAAUAUACUAUGUCUGAUGAUAUAGACAAUUCUAUUGAAGAUAACAAGAGACAACAUAGUAACCAUGGUAGAACUCCCUGUACAGUGGUUUUAUAUGUCUUUUUCAUUUCAUAUGUUUAUAGGAAUAAGUUUUGUUUUGAUCUUGCUUUGUUUUGUUUCUCCCUCUAAUAUAGAAAGGAUACAAAUACAUGUUAACACUCAUGCAUGUGUAGAACCUAUAAACAGUUUAUGACAACUGAUCUUAUAACACAUGAUGAAAUGAACAAAUACUUUGAAGAAAAAGAGACACUACAGUACCUAGUGCUGGUCCCGUAGUGUCAUGAUGUGAAAUCCACAAAAAAUAAAAAUUACAAAUGUUUAUUGAUACUAUUUUAACUCUCACUUUGGGAAAAAUUAUUCUUAGUUUGAUAACAUAUUCUUUUGGUUGCGUUCUGGGGAUAAGUCAUCUCAAUAUAUUUCUAAUGAGGAUGAAGAUAGUAGAACUAUUCUGGAAGGAAAUUGAUAAUAACCUAACAAUAUUAUGCAUGAAUUUUCCUUUGAUCUAGCAAUUUUGUUUCAAUUCUAUUGCAAACACCACUAGUAGAAUAUACAAAGAAAUAAAAACUAUUUAUUGCAAUCAUUAUUUUUAACAGCUAAAAUCUGGAAAGAACUGAAAUGUUUACCAAUGAAGCAUAAUAAAUAAUUAAACAUUUAUGAAAUGGAAUGUUAUAUAGUGAGAAAAAGAAAAUUUAUAAUGUAGGAAUCUUCAAGAUAAUAAGUGAAAAAAUUUGAGAUUUGUGUGGUGUCCAGUUGAAAGAAAUGGUAGAUUUUUGCAUUACCUGUUUGGUUAAGAAUGGAAAGGUACAUUAAAAUUCUUUUUAAGGAUUAUUAAUGACAGAAGCAUUUUGCUCAUGUCUAGAGAAUAUCUGAGACUGAGAUUAAGGGCAAUGAACUGAUUAAGAUUAUAGAGGAAAUUUCAAGUGUGUCAAAUGUUGAGGCUGUGACAUGGCUACUGUUGGGGGCUUUUAGCGAGGUCUAAGUGGAAAAUCAAAAGCAAAGAGCCAAGAAGAGUGAUUUUAAAUGCUGUGAAUUAGGCCAUAAAUGAAGGUCCAGUAAAGCUGUGGACUCUAAAAAUAGAACAGAGGAGAUCUUGAUUGCUGAGAAGGAACAGGAAAAUAGAAAAGUUGGCCUGAGGGCAUCACAAGAAGCUGUAGGACUCAACCCUGUGCAGCCUCAAAAUUGUAAAAGUGAAAGAUUUUCAAGAAGAAAUCCACAGGGCAUUAUGUCCCAGAAUGAUAGUAAAAUAGAGAGUAUGCCCCUCAGAAUUGGAUUCAGAGUGCCCAAUGGUACAGGCACUUGACCCCUAUAGCCAAAAAAAGAAGAAAACCAGGCUACUGCUCCAGCUGGCAUCGGGUCUUGGCAUUAUCCACAUGACACUGAUUUUAAGUGAUGCAGGAUGGAAGAGCUGUGAGUUCAGGAAGACCUCUACUCAGGUUUAAGAAGGCCAUGGAAGGUCCAGCAGAAGAGGGCAGUGUAUGAAGUUUUAUAAAGCUAAAAUUUGCAGUGGGGACGUCAGAAGUCUGGAGAAGCCAGGAACAUGGGUCAUUUGAGGAAAACUGCAACGAAGGAACAAAACUAUCCCAAGACAAUAGCCAUGGGAACUAUCACCACCAGAACUGUUACAGGGGCAGAGCCACUCUCAAUCCUUUGGAGUUCAUCUUACCACAGAUUGUCCGAUGCUGCACAUGGAAAUACAUGUUUUCUAUGCUGGAUCUUGGACUUGCUUUGGUCCUAUUCUUUUGUACCUCCCUGUUUGUAACUUUUGGAAUGGAAAUGUCUAUCUUGUGCCAUUUUAAUGUUGGAAAUAUUUAACUUUUGUUUCAUUUGUACAGGGGCUUACAGGUAAAAGAGUUUGUCUUAAAUCUCAAAAGAACCUUGGGGCUUGAACUUUUCAGCAGUGAUGAAACUGUUAGGAUUUCAGCAACUCUUAGAGCUGGAAUAAAUAAUGUUUUUUUUUUAAAUAAAGGAAUGCACAUUUGUCUUUUUGAGGCCAGAGGCAGAAUGUUAUGAUUUGUGUCUGGAUAUCCCCCAAGGCCUCAUGCACUCAUGGAGGAUGGGUUUUUCAGAGGUGGCUGAAUCUAGUUUGUGACUGAUUCAUGGUUCAAUGCUGGGAAAAUGGGUGUGAGUGCUAUACCUUCCCUAGGGUUGGUAGGCUGCAUGUGAUAUAAGGGACUUAAAGAGUCCUAUCUCUCUCUCCUCACUUGCUUCUUUUGCUGUCUUCUGCACCAUAAAUAUUGGCACCUGCUAUGUGCCACUCUGCCUUGGAGUCAGGUAAUUAUCACCUGAAACCUCUACAAACUGUGAGCUAAAUAAACUUAUCCCCCUUUAACCUUGAGUGUUAGGUGUUCUGUCUGAGAAAUGCAAGAAAAUUAACUAGAUAACCCUUCCUUAGAAUGCUGUUCUCUACUUUGAGAAGUUCAACUUAUUUAGAUGUCAUAACUAAAUGAGAGUAUGAAGUAUAAUGUGUAGCUUUUUUCACAUAAUAUAUUUUUCCAUGCUGUUGCAAAUGAAAUAUGUUCCAUCUUUUUUUAAAAAGACAAUAAAUUUUUCAGUGUGAAAAAUAUCAUAUUUUAUUAAUUCAUUUAUUAUUUAAAGGACAUAGUUUAGUUCUAUAUCUUAGCUUUAGUAAAUCAUGCAGCAAUAAAUAUGAGCAUAUGUAUUUCUCUUCUGCAUAUUAGUUUCAAUUCCUUCCAAGUCCAGUGAUGAGAUUAUUAGAUCACAUUGUAGAUCUAUAAUUUUGGGUUUUUAAUUUUUAAAAAUUUCACAGUGUUCUAUAUUGGCUGUACUAAUUUGUGUAUUGCCAACAAUGUAUAAGAAUUUUCUUUUCUCCAAAUCCUUGCUAACACUUGUUUUUUAUUUAAAAAAAAGAAAGAAAAAGCAUAGAAAUAAUACAUAAUCUCAAAAAAAUAAACAAUAAGAACUCACUAGUUGAUAAAUUACAUAUUGUCCUCUUACAAAUAGCUGUUCAAGUUACAAAAGUAAAUCAUACAAAGAGGACAUUCAAACAGUGAGACUGCAAACAGUUCUGUUCAACAAUCCAACAAAAACUUAGUAAUAUGGUUAUCAAUUCUACACACUUAAACAUACAUGUGGUUAUAGCCUUUAGAGCACUUUCUUUUCUACUUUUUUUUUACAAUAGCAAUUACACAUUUAGGUUUAUGUUACUCCUACAUUUCUUAUUACUUUUUACACUAGAGACACAAUGUGAUAUUUAUAAAUAUAAUUCUUAUUUAUUUCACUAAUGAGGAUAGUCUCAAGUUGUCUCUAUUUGCCUAAGAGGGCCUCAAAAUCAUCCUUUUUUAUAGCUGAGUAAUAUUCUAGUGUAUAAAAAUAUCACAUCUUUUUCAUCCACUCUGUGGUUGAUGAGCAUCUUGUUUCCAAGAUUUAGCUAUUACAAAUUGUGCUGCUGUGAACAUGGGUGCAUUUUGCUUUUUUGUUUUCCCAUUUUCCCCUUUGGAAUUAAUAUUUGGUCCUUCAAUCCCACUAGUGUCAACUGUUGGUAGUGUGUAUCUUGGGGUCCUAAUGUAAGGUUGAUGUUCGUCCAAUUUCUGAGUCUCACAAUGAAUAGGUGGACCAAUCACCUGACUUCCCACUGCAGGGCCUGUUGGGUGAGUUCUAUAUUUUUAUGGGCUGUUAAGCCUAGUAGUAUUGAUGUAGGUCAACUUUUAAUUCCUGCUAUUACUUUAUCUUCAGGUUAUUCCAGGUCACCAAAUCUCCCUGUCUAUAGUAUUUGUGUUGGCUGGGGCCCUCCUGAGUCCCUAUUGUGUGCCUGUGUGUCUCAUUAGCCAUUUUGAUUUUCUCCAAGUUGGGGAGUCCUUUUGGCAUACAAAUUCUGCCUGUGUAUAGGAAGGAGUCAACCACACUCUUUUUUUUUUUUUUUUUUUUGGUCUUUUUCAUUUUUAGUGGUACCAGGGAUCGAACUCACGACUGCCUUCUUGCAAGGCAGGCACUUAUGCCCUGUGCUAAAUCCCCAGCCCCAUCACCCACACUCUUGUCAGACUCACCAAGGUCUUACAGUUAAUUGGAGGUAGCUUUACUACUGGCCUAUUUACUCUCUGUACACCUCUAUUUCAGGGGCAUACUCACCACACUGCCUGGAGCCUGCUGAGAUCUUCCAUUUGGGUGAUGCAGGCAUGGAAUAUUCCCUCAAGCUAGCAUAGUUAAUCUGCUGUAGUCCAAGGUUCUGGGAGAAAGGGUGGAAUCUCCAGCUGGAGUUCCCUGAUCCCACAAGGUCAUCUGUGGAGAAGGUGAGAGUCACAGGAAGGGCCCGGGUCUAGGGUGGUCUCAUGCAUGCUUUUGGCUGGAGUUUCCCAGUUCUGCGAGGUGGUCCAUGGAGAUGGCUGGAGUCACAGGAGGGGCCUGGGUCUACGCCAUCUGGUGCAUGCCUCUGGCUGGAGUUUCCUGGUCCUGCAAAGUGGUCUGUAGAGAUGGUCUGUUUUUUUACUUUUUGAUAAAGCCAUUCUUGACAGGUAUGAGAUACUAUCUCAUUUUGGUUUUAAUUUGUAUUUUCAUAAUAAUUACUGAUACUAAGCAUUAUUUAUGUACCUUCAGGCAACUUGUAUGCAUUUUGGGGGAAAUAAAUUUAUGCCUUGUUUACGUUUCUUGUCUUUUUUCUUUCUUUUUUUUUAGUGAAUUGUUUGAAUUCGUUGAAUAUUUUGGAUAUUAACUUUUUAUCAGGUAUCUAAUUUACAGAUGACUUCUACCAUACCACUGUGUGGGUUGUUCCUUCACUUUAUUAAUGAUUCACUUUGCUGUACAGAAGCUUUUAAGUUUCAUGCAACUCCAUUUGUGUAUUUUUUCUUUUGUUGCCUAUGCUUUCAGUAUCACAGCCCAAAAUAAUCAUUGCCUAGUUCAUGACAUGGAGCUUUUAUGUUUUCUUCUAGUAGUUCUACAGUCUCAAAUGUUAUGAUUUCUUAAUUCAUUAUGUUUUUUCUAUAUACUUUGAGAGAAGUAUUGGAUUUCAUUCUUCAGUAUGUGGAUAUCCAGUAUCCAGUUUUCCCAACACUACUUAUUGAGGAGAUUGAUCUUUUCUCAUUGUGUGUUUUUGGUACUUCUGUCACAAUCAGUUGAAGAGAAAGGCAUGAGAUUGUUUCUGUGCCUCCUAUCCUGUCAUUGGUUGGUGUGUCUGUUUUUUGUCGAUUAGUAGUAUAUUUUUAUUAUGAUUGCUUUAUGCUGUGUUUUGAAAUCAGGGUGUGUGCUGAUCUCUCCAGAUUUGUUCUUUUAUCUCAAGAUUGUUUUGGUUAUGCAGGAUUUGUUUUGGGAUGCCAUGUAAAAUUCAGUACAUUUUUUUAAUUUAUAGAAUUAAAUUCACUAUAAUUUUCUGUAUACUGCUUUUCAGCAUAUAGAUCUUUUCUGGUUAAAUUUAAAUCUAAGUAAGUAAGGUGUCUGGCUCUCCCCCAGUCAGCCUGCACAUGACUCAUCCAAAUGCUACUGAUUUUUAUGAUGAUUUUUUAUUCUGUGACUUUAUUAAAUUUGUUGGUUCCAAGAGUGCCCCCCUUUUUUUGGUUGAGUCUUUAGUGCAGAGACACAUUUUACUUUUUUUUUCUUAUUAGAGUUUCUUUAUUUAUUUUCUUGCCUAAUUUCUUUGGCUAGGACUUCCAGUACUUUGUUGAAAAGAAAUGAUGACUUGGCUAUCUGUUGUGGUUUGAUUUUGGGUGUACUCCAGAGCCUCAUGUGUUUGGAUGGUGAUGGGACCAUAGGAGUGCUACUCUGAAUGUGUUAAAUGUGCUAUUAGAUGGGGCCUUGUUAGAGGUGGCUCACUGGGAGUGUGAUCUGGAAGGGUAUAUCUCCCUCCCCACCUACUAAUUGCUAUUGUUGCCUGACUGCCACCAGCUCUUCUACCAUACUGUUUUUCCUGAGUGCCAGUGGACCAAGCAUGAACUGAGACCUCUGAAACUGUGAGCUAAAAUAAAUCUUUCUUCUUUUAAUUUGUGGUUUUCAGGUACUUUGUCCCAGUGACAAGAAAAUGACUAAGACAGCAUCCCCAUCUUGUCUCUGAUUUUAGAGGAUAAACUUUCAGCUUUUCACUUUUGCUUAUGUUAGCUAUGGUUGUGUUAUAUAUGGCCUUUAUUUUGCUGAAGUACACUCACUAAUCCAUUGAGAAUUUUUAUUAUGAAGAGUACUGAAUCUUAUGGAAUUCUUUUCUCUAUGAAAAUUAUCAUGACUUUUAUGCUCCAUUUUGUAAUACAAUAUGUUGUGUUUGAUGAUUUGCAUUUAUCAAAUGAUGUUUUAAUCCAGAGAUCCCACUUUCUUUUUUUCCCCCCUGCUUUCUUAAGGGCAGAGAAUCUGUGUAAACUAUUUUGAAUUCUUUUGCUUGGGAGAUUUGUUUCCUCUUUCCUACUCAUCAUCAAUAAACAAUUAUAAUUUAUAACAAUUAUAAUGCAUAAUAAUAAAUCAUGAUCAAUAAAUGAUUCUAAUUAUAGCAUUGUGGACUCAUAGAAAUUUAUGUUGUAUUUUUGGAUUUUAAUCCAGGAGUGCUUUAUGCUCAGGUUGGUUUAGCUUUGCCUUGGUGGUUCAUUUACCUGGCUCCUGUGCACCAUUGACAUACCACCAUCAAUGUGUAUGUAUAUCUCUUAAACACUGUUUUACUUUCUGGCACAACAAGAUGAUCUAGGCUCAUCUUGUACAUUUCCUGCUCUAGGCCUAGAAUCAUUUUCCAUGAAACCUUUGUCUCUUUUAUUGAAAAAUGUUAUUAAAACCAAGGUCUGGAUGGUAAUUUGACUCAUGGGUGGUGUUUUUUGUUUUGUUUUUCUUUUAGAUUGUCACAGAUGCCAUAGCAAAUGAAUAUAUCUUUGCAUAUUAAUGUAGGCAUGUGUACCUAUGUCUAAAUAUUUUUAUAUGUGAUCUUUUGUAUAUUAAUAACACCAAUUAUAGUUAUUAACACAAGGAUCAAUCUAAUAUCCUUUCUUUUCUUAUUUGUACAUUUUUAGUGCAACAAUGAGAGAUCUUGUUCUCAAUAUCCACCCUCCAAUUUACUUAAUUGUUUGAUUCCAGUUACAUGGUGUCAUGAACAUUAGCCAAUAUCCUGAUAUCCCAUAGGGAACAAUGCUAUCAACUAAUAUAGUAUUUAAUGAGCAGCUAUUGUUGCUUUUAGUCUUACUGAAUCCAUUCACCUGCAGAGUUUCUUAGUUAAGCAUCCUGCCUCAUUAAGAGACUUUCUCACACAUUUGUUAUACAGGUAGAUUCUAUUGUUACAAUCUUCAGUCCUUUUUGGCACUCUGACGUCUAAAUGAUUUUUAAAAUGUGCAUAUUUUAGAUUUAAGUUCUUCAUGAUCCAAAGCUCUGUGGGCUUGCACAUUUGUAAUGUCAUACAUUUUUUCAUUUACAGUGAAUUUAUGUAUUAUAAAUUAGGAGAAAGCUACAGAGAUAAUCAUGUCACCAUGGACACAGAAAUUUUUAAUUCUUUCCUCAUCUAUGUGCAGGACACACUUACAAUAUAGAUUUCAUCAAAAGUGGUAGAAACUACCUUAGUUUACUCAAUAUGUGAAAUUUUCUUCACAUAUUUACUCAAUAUGUGAAAUUGGCUCCAUUCAUUUCUUUUCUUUUUUGUGUCUGCAAACUCUCACAUAAGAGGAUACAGCAUAUUCUUUUCCAGUGUAAAUUUCUUUUGUUGUAAGAAAGAUCAUUUGGAGAAAUAUAAUUUUCCUUCCAGAGUAUCCAGUAUUGGAAACAGAAAAUAAAAUUCACUCUGCCUUUAAAUCUCA